UUGAGGUUAUGGAUUACUAAUCCAAAGAUUUCGUGCAAUUUCAUUAAUUGAAAUUGUUCGUCAGGUAUAAAAGCGAGUAAUUGUCGCAAUAGCGAUUUAGUAUCGUCGAGUUCAAAUCAAUAUUCACUUGUUAACUUUCCACUAUUAUACCAGUUCUUGUUAAACUUUUACCGCGGCUUCCUGCACGUUAAUUAAAAGUCCUAACUGCUUACGUAGUCAAAAGAAAAAGAAGCAGAAUUUCCGGGGUUGAUACAGAAAUUAUUUCUGUGAGAAUGAAAUUACUUUUGGUUAUCAUAUUGGGAGCGGCGAUCUGCAUAGCCACCAAUGAUCAGCCUUUUAAUUUUGCCAAUUCUCCGCGAUGGGAAUCAGGAGUUUGGCUAGAAUCGCCAGAUGCUCAAUCAGCAUUAAUCCAGGAUCUUAUUAAAAAUCAACAGAAAAUAAAUCGCAAUAGAAUUCAGCAGCCUAUCAUUGUACAACCCGAUGAAGGAAUUACAUUUGAGGAAUACCUAACCAAUCCCGAAUUUGACUCGAGCCUACCCUAUGGGAUACAAAAUGUGCGGGAUGUAUCGAGUCGUUCCUCCCAUUUAAAGCCAGUUCCGAGGAAAUUGAAAACAACCUUUCAGUCCCUGUGUCCAUCAAAACGUUCACACGUUUACUUGAAUCUUGAAAGUGAUUACGAAUAUCGACCAGACCAUUAUGAAGAAGUGGAAUGCUUACAUGCUUAUACUUCGGCGAUGGAUUAUAAUUCAGUGAAUAAUAAGGUUUGCGGGCAGGGUGGAUUCACUUGCAUUCAGUUGAAUCGAACAAUUUUCCUUACUAGAAAAGCAAGAGGUUCUGACUGCUGGGAAACAGAAGCACGUCUGGUAGCAGCAGGUUGUGAAUGUAUGUGGCCACAACAUAAAUUUGGUGAUAUAGCGGCACAUCAUUAAUAAAACUUCAUAAAAACAGUAAUAAUAUUCAAUUAAUGCCAUAUAUGAAAGCAAAAGUAAUAAUAAUUAAAUCAUACAAUAAUAUAAUCUCUUUUUUGAUACUUUGGAUGUUGAUAUGUUUGAACUGAUCACUGGCAUGCAUGUAUGUAACUAUCUACACGCAAAGUGCUUAACUUGUUGCAAAUCUAGUCAAAUAUUGUAAUAAAUAAUUUAUGA